UAAAAUCAAUCUGCUAUAUAUACCGCAUACUCUUUGGUAGGUUUCAUUGCAGUUUAUUUAUUAUGUAAAAAUAAUUAUGUAAUUUUUUCAAAGUAAAAGAAUAAUUUCGAAGAGAGAGACUUGGGAGAUAGAUUACAAGUUUAAUAUACAUGUUAUGCCUCUUAAUGUUUGUAGAAAAAUUAUUCCAUGUCAAUAAAUGAGUACACAUACCAAUUGGGAAUGUGUAUUACGUUAUUAGAUAUUCAAGAGUACUGUCCAUUUGCAUUAAUAUAUAAUAUAUUUUUACGUAAUAGUAUUUACAUAGCUUUUAUUGAAAUAUACAUAUUCUAGAACUGCAAUAUCCGUUGAGGUCUUCAUUAUAUUGGAAAAGUAUGCACGUUUCCGUGUGUGGCACAGAUCAAUAAUGGUCCAACACAGCAUCCCAGAAGCCACUAGUAUAAUGUUGGAAUAGAUGAGGGUGAGGGUGAGGGUGAGAAUGGAGCGAACGAGGCAGGGGUGUGUACUUAGGGAAGCCCCUUUGGUAAAUCUAGAGGGAAGCCAGAACAAGACUUCACCUUAUGAGCUAGUUGUCAACUUCCACUGUUUGUGAAAAGUGCUACCAAUGUAAAAUAGACCAGUUUCAAUCAGCUCUAAUCAUUGUGCAGUGGAAUUAGUACCACAUUUGUGUAAAUAUGUAUAUAUUAAUGGCUCAGUGACUGAAAAAAUUUGUUUCAAACACUUCUAAUAUUUAGAAUUCAAUCGCAGGAAUCAGCAUAUCCACGAGCAUUGUGAUGCGUGAUCUGUUACGUGGGGUACUAUACUGCGCUUUAUGGUAUGGCAGUAUAGUAGCAGGAUUUCUCUUCAUUGCUUGCCCACUCUUACCUCUCUUAUUACUAAGUCCGCCGAGGUUUCGAAAAUGCGGAGACUUGUUAUUUUCAUGCUGGGAACUUUAUCCUACGGCACUCCUAGAAGUGUUUGGUGUUAAAAUUAUAGUCUCGGGAGAUCAUAUAUCACCAUAUGAAUCAGCAAUCCUCGUAAUGAAUCAUCGUACGAGAGUCGAUUGGAAUUUCUUAUGGGCCGCGAUGUACCAAGCAUGCAUGCCGAAUAUUGCAGCUCAUAAAUUAAAAUUUAUCCUGAAGGAUCCCAUUCGUCACAUCCCCGGGCCAGGAUGGAUGAUGCAAAUGAAUGGCUUCCUUUACAUAACUCGACGCUGGGAAGAGGAUCAAGGACGUCUAUCGCGUACUUUGGACUAUUUAGUAGCCAUACGUAGACGUACUCAGUUACUGAUAUUUCCAGAAGGUACAGACUUAACUCCGACUAGCAAAGAAAAGUCGGAUAAGUAUGCUUUACAAAAUGGAUUGCCAAAAUAUUCUUAUACGCUUCACCCUAAGACAACUGGAUUUAGUUACUUGGUUCAGCAUCUUCAACAUGCUAAUUACCUCGAUGCCGUUUACGAUUUGACAAUAGCAUACCCUGACUAUGUACCGCAGUCAGAAAUUGAUUUGAUCACAGGAAAGCUACCGAAAGAGGUAUAUUUUCAUAUAAAACGAAUUUCAUCCAUGGACGUACCGAAAGACGAUAUGUUGCUGAGAAGUUGGUUAGAGAAACGAUGGUCGUACAAGGAGGAAACACUGAAGUCUUUUACUAAGAAAAAAGCAUUUUCCGAAGGCAACUGGCCAAUGGCAUCAAUGCUGCCAUUAAGAGCUGCAUUUGGUUUCUGGAGUUUCUUGACAGGAGCCACUGUGUUAUUACUUCUUAUAUCACCGAUCUUUCAAUUAUGGGCAUUGGUUCAUUCGAUUUUAUUUAUUGGUCUAUCCUUACUAAGUACGGGAUUCAACCAACUCGAAAUGGGAUGGUAUUGGCGCUGGAGAAGUUAUUCUCUCAGAACUAAACUUCGCUAAUAUUUUAGAACUUAUUCUAUGUACAUCACUGUGAUAUGGAUGUAUAUAAAUAUUUUGUAAUUCACAAAAAUGGAUUUUAUCCAUUACUUGCAGCCAUUACGUUUUCUUAAUUGUCUUUAACAUCGAGCCGGUGGAAAAAAUUAAUAUUGAAAUUAGAAUUUUAUUCUUGGCAUGAUUUCCCAAUAUAAACAAGUUAUUUGACGCAAAUUGAGAGGACUCAAAUUUUUUAUAUAGAAGUAACUACAAUAUAUUUAAUCAUUUAUAAAGUAAAAUGGCAUUAUAUGCUGACAAAGUGCUUCGACUAUAAUUGUAAUUGGAGUAUUUCUCUGUAUACUUCCAUGACAUUGCAACGUAUUAAAAAUCUAAAGAAUUUCGAGUAACAGCAAACUUAGUGAUUUGUUGCUAGGACUGAUUACAAUGAUCGAUAAAUAUGAAGUAUAGUGUAAUUAAUAUAUUUUUAUGCAUGAUAUAAUCGUGGUUUAAAUUAUUGAAUUAAUUUUCGUAAAAAGAAAAUUUUUCAAAAAUAACGAGAUGAAUUUAAUUAGUUUAUAAACCAUUGAGUUUCUCAAUAAUCAUAUGUAAAUACAUAUGAAUCGUAAGAGCAACUAUAAAGGAGUUAAAAAUCGAAACUAUUUAAUAGUAAUAAUGUAUCUUUGAUAUUUAUCUUGAUUUUUGAAAUAUGUUUCCAAGAGCAUAAAAUUACUGCACUCAUGAUAUUAUUCUGUAUUCUUUGAUUUAUUAUAUGCUACAAAUUAUGUCAUAAAAUUAAAAAAAGGUAAGAUAUUACGUGCCGAUCAGAUGCUCUUGAUUAAUUUCAAUAAUCUAUGUGCAGAAACAGCUAAAAUUGUAUUCAAGGUUAAACGAAUGGCUUUAUAGGUGUAACUAUGAAGGCAACAAUAGUUCCAUAACGAUAAACCUUUUUAAUAGUAGUUCUUCACUUGCACUGAUGGGAUACUGUAUUCUGUGUAUUGUGUCUGAAACAAAAUGUAUAGCACAUUAACCUCUUCUAGAACUUUAUACUGAUUCCAGCAUAUCUCCCAUACUCACUGUGCCCAAUAGCUGUCAGACAUAGUCCCAUGAGAGUCUUUACUAGUAUUUUUUUAAUAAUAUUAGUAUCUUCCAUGAUACAAUUUGAAAUUCAUUCUUGAAACAUCCUGUACAAGAUCCAUACAGUACAUUACAAAAUACUUAUAUUCAAAUGGGCAUUCUUGUAAGUGAAUGUAGAUAUAAUAUUUUUAAUGUAUUCAUUUUAAUGUAUUGAUAUUGUAUAAACUAGGAAAUUAUUAAUAGGACAGUUAUCAUAAGGAACAAAGAAGAAGCUACGUUCUUCUUCAUUUCUAAGUCAUAGAUAUAAUAGAAAAAAUCUAUUUUUCUGUAGAAAUAGCAUAUUCAUUAGAAAAAGAUGAAGUGAAUUCAUGUGCCAAAGAAAAAAUUCUGAAUUAAAACACUAUCUGUGUUAUUCAGAAUAUUUAAUUAAGAACAGUGCGUAAUAUGAAAAUAAGUUUAGACUUAAUAAUAUAAUAUUGUACAACUGGUGACAUAAGUUAGACAAAUUCCAUAUGCUUGACUUAUGUCACAUAUGGUAUAUCUUACUUAGAAAAUGAUAUAUGCACAUCUACUGUGCUUGGAAGUUUAUAUGGUAAACUUUGUUUAUUGAUGCCACUAAGUAUUGCAUUGAAAUUUACUAGAUAAGUGAACAUUGAUGUUGUUAUCAGAAAUAUGAUAAUGGUGAGACGUUUUAAACGUUGAUAACAGUAGUUAUUUCAAAUAUCCAUAUGCGGAACAAAAUUAUUUCUUACAUUGAAUUACAUGAAUGUUAUAUUAAUACUGAAUGUGCAUCGAUAGGUAAAAAAUCGAGUAUUCUCAUCCAUUUUGUUUAGAAAAUGUGAGAUCACGAAUAAUUCUUCAUCUUAUUCAUCUACAUUAACACAUUUGUACUGACAUAAUGAAAUAUGUGUACAAAUGAAAUGUUACAUUUUCAAACAGAAUAAACAUACAUUUCCAACAUGUUUGAAAUAUUCUGAAUUUGUCUUUCUAUCUACAUCACAUAUUCAAACGAGAUAAAGUCAAACAUGUAAAAUAUCGUUUAUCCUGUUUACAACUGUAAAUGUUUAAUUUCUGGUGAAUUUACUCAUUCCUUGUACAAACCAACUAUGAACAAAAUUUAUUUUGUACCGUUGUAUACGGAUAUUUAGAAAAAAUAAAGUCCAGUGUUUCAACAAGGACCACUGAGGCAGCGAUAGUCAUGAGUUUCUAAAGUGUUUAAGACUGAAGUCAUUUAAAGAAUUAGUAAUUAACAUAUGAACGAUAUGUAUUUAUUCUAUCUUAUCCCAACCGUUUUAUACCGAAGUUUCACUUAAACAUUGCUAAAUAGAAACUACUUUAAACUUGUACAACAAUGUGAUCCUAAAUGAUAGAAUUAAAGUAAUCAUUUGUAUAGCAUAUGCAAUCUUAUUUCAGCUACAAAUAGGUAAUCUGACUAUUGUGAAUGAAAAAAAGAAAACAAAAUCUGAAAUUAUUUAGACUAUCAGCAAAUGCCCUGAUGUUCUAUUUUCGAAAUUCGUUAAGUCGUUUACCAAUAAUGUCUUAAAUGUUUACAUACGUCAUGCAUUUCAUAAUAUACUACUCCAACAAUUCUGAACGCUGUACUGAUUGUUUAUAGACUCUGUUCGUAUCAUAAUAAAAGAAUGAAUAUUCAUGUUCAAAAUCAAAUAUUAUAUCAGGGGAUAUAAAUCUAUACAGAUUUAUUGAUGACAUUUUUAAAUUCGAAAUAUACGUACGUUUAAACAAGA